AUAGACUCUAAUGGAAGGAUACUGUCAUAGGCAUAAUGGGUCGGUUAGAUUUUACUGUUAAAGUUCUCAACGUUCCUCCCAAGGUGACAGUCGCCGAGUUAAAUACAUUCUUCUCUUACUGUGGAACUGUUGAGAAGAUCCAGCUUCACAAAAACAAAGACCAAUUGCAGUGGGCUUUAGUGACUUUCAGGCAGCCAUAUGCAUAUCAGACUGCCCUUCUCCUUAAUGAAGCAAGCUUUGCGGGUCACCAAAUUCACAUAACAGUUCCAGAUUUGAUAAAUGAAACUGAGAAGCAUGAGGAGAGCACAUUUAUUCCGGCAACCAAGGCUGAAGCCGCAACGGAAAGGGUGGCUUCAAAAGGUGAAGUUGGAAUGAUGAAGAAGACAGAAGAUGGGGUAGAGAAUUACAAGCUUUCAGGAAAAGGAAAAAUGGUGAUGGACAGAACAAGAUCAGCAGUCAAUUAUGCUGGGCAGAGAAUGGAACGUAUAGGCACGGCAAUCAAGAGCAAAGACUUCGUUGCAAAUGGUGCUCAGUGGAUCUCUGACUUGCUUGAUAAAGCUUCGAAGCGUGUCUCAACUCUUGCCAAUGGCAAUGCCAGUAACCCAAACUCUAGGAAGCAGAAAUAGAUAAGCUUCUUAAUUAUUGACCUCUAGUUUAUUUACUCUUCUAGUGAUAUUCACCUUUUUUAUUAAUAAAAUUUUGAUAAUUAAAU